CGCGUAUCGAUAUAUUCCGAUUUGUUGUGACAUGUUUCUGCCGACUUCUCAUAUCCUCAAUGGUGAAAUCAUAACCCGCCAUGGACAUUUCAAACACAAUUAAAUUUCGUGACAUUUGCAAAAUGAUGCAGAGAGUUAAAGAGGCAAAAACUAUGCAACGCAAGGAGAUCAUAUUGAAGCGAUACUACGAUUCCUUCUGCAAGCAUCGAGAUGCUUUUCGCCAGGGCGCUAGUCUAACGGCAAAUCAAACAGAGGAUGGUGCCACCAGCUUUUAUCCAGUGCUGCGCCUUCUACUGCCUGGCGCAGAUACGGCACGCGAUAACUACGGUCUACAGAUAACAGCACUGGGGCGACUCUACUCGCGCAUUUUACAGGUGGCCAAAGAUUCUAGUGAUUAUAUACGCCUUCAGAAUCGAACUGCUUCCUCGUUUCGCGACUAUGCAGACGUGGUGUAUGCUGUUCUGCACCCUCGCUGCCACAACGAGCCGAGUAACCUGACGUUGAAGCAAAUCCACGACAUGCUCGACAUUAUUGCCAGCGAGGAUACAACUGUAAAGGAACGCGAACUGACACGUUUCACGGAACUGGCUUCGGCCGAAGAGCAAAAAUGGUUGAUACGCAUCCUGCUUAAGUCGAUGGGUUUGGGUAUUGGCGAGCAGCGAAUUUUCGGGCUGCUUCACCCGCUGGCCAAGGACAUGUAUCAGCGUUGUUCGGAUCUAAAGCGCAUAUGCGUGCUAUUGGCUGACAACAAUAUAGCCCAGGAAGCAUCUUCUACGCGCGCUGUCAAUGCUAGUGGUGCCACCUCCAGCACAGUCAUCAAUUUAAAUACCAUCAUUGAGCCCUUUCAGCUAAUACGGCCCAUGUUGUGCGAAAGAUUCCCGGGCAAGAUCGAAAGCCUUAUGGAGUCAGAUGUGCUAUAUUUGGAAAGGAAAAUGGAUGGCGAGCGAUUUCAGCUGCACUAUGCACGCGGCAUGUUUAAGUAUAUAUCCCGCAACGGCGCCGAUUAUACGAGAAGCUUUGGUGGCAGCUACGAGACCGGCACCUUGACGCCACACCUGCGCACACUGCUGCCCCUGGGCAUGGAGUCGAUCAUACUCGAUGGCGAAAUGAUGAUAUGGGACACACAGCAGAUGCGGUAUCGCGAGAAGGGCGAGAACACAGAUGUGAAGCAUUUGAAACCGGACCGUAGCUGGCGACCCUGCUUUGUGGUCUACGACCUGCUCUAUCUGAACGGAGAGAGCCUGCUGGACAUGACAUAUGUGCAGCGCGCCUAUAAGUUGCAGGAGCUGCUCACCGAACAGCAGGGCAUUCUGCAGAUAAUGAGGGGCCAGAAAAUCACCUCACUCGACCAUUUCAACACGCUAUUCCAGCAGAUGCUUGACUCCAACGCUGAGGGCAUUGUGCUAAAGAAACAAAACUCCAUUUAUAGGCCCGGAGUGCGUGUGGGCGGUGGCUGGUACAAGGACAAAGCGGACUACAUAGAGGGCCUAAUCACUGAGUUCGAUGUGCUGAUCAUUGGCGGCUUUUACAAUCGUAAGCGAACCUUCAUCGAAUCAUUCCUGUUGGGCGUGCUGAAGCCGGGCGGCGGCACUGAGCGCGACGAGGUCUAUAGCAUCGGAUGUGUGGCCAAUAAUACGCGCCAGCGCGGUGUUCUCCACAAUGAAUUGAAGCCCCAUUGGCGCAAUGCGAGCACGGAUCCACCUCCACUGUGGUAUCACUACAGGCCCAACGAGAAAGAGGGCGCUCCCGACGUCUGGAUCCAACCCGAAAAUUCGAUAAUCUUGCAAGUGAAGGCAGCGGAUCUAACGCCCAACGGCGCCUACUACACGCCCAAAUCGUUGCACUUUCCGCGCACGCAGAUGAUGCGCAUUGACAAGGUCUGGCACGAGUGCAUGACGCUGGAGGAAUAUACGCAACUCUGUCAGGGUCGUGGCGCCAUUAAGAAACUGAAUAAGCGUCCGGCGAACCUCAGCGAUUUUACGACGGAGCGCAAGCGCCAGAAGAUCACGCCAGCCGAACGCAAUCGCCUCGGACUGGCUGCCUAUGAGAAGCGUUACGAUGCAGAGCCCUUGGAGAGCAACUCUCAGCUAUUUGAGGGUUUUACCUUCUGCAUAUUGAGCGGUUGCCGCGAGCAUAGCAAGCAGGAGCUUCAAGUGCUGGCCGCUCAGAAUGGCGGCACGAUUGUUCAGAAUCCUUUGCCGAACGAUCCAAAGUGCAUCUGCAUAGCCGGUGAUCCGGUUUACCUGGUUAAGCGUCUGAUGCAGCAGCAGCCGCGCACAAAUGACAUUUUACGCAUGGAUUGGCUGCUGCGUGUGUGCAAUAAGCAGCAGAUCGACCUACGGCCCAGGGAUGUGUUAUCCGCAACCGAAGCGCUGCAGCUGCAAUUUGCGAAGAGCUUUGAUAGGUUCGGUGAUAGUUUCACAGAUUUGUUUGAAAGCAUCGAUGAGCUGGAGGAAGUGCUGCAGGACAUCAGCGAUACAGAGCUCGACUCUUUAGACGUGGAUGAGCAUGAGCUGGAAAAACUGGAGCAACAACUGCUGGGUAGUGAAAGCCUCAACAUCUUCUCUAAGCAUUACGCCUGCAUGUAUAAUCGCGAUGCAGACGAGCUGGCCAGGCUGCUCUUCAUCCAGCGUGGCGGGCAGCUGGUUAGCGAAACAGAAGAACCGAAUCCUACGCUUGUGCUCGUAUGUCCCAAUCGCCUCAACCCCCAAGACUUUGAGCAAUGGUAUCAGACACAUUUCACUGCGCAGCCAGUGCAGGUUGUCAGCACGGAUUGGAUAAGGCAAUCGCAUCGCGUCCGUUGCGCUCUUCCUACAGCAGAGUAUUUAAUCAAAUUUUGAAAAUUGUCUGGCAGAGUUAUA